GGCAAUAUCAUUGACUUUGAUUUUUCUUUGAUAAUACUAUAUAAAAUUAUUUGAAUCCAUAGUUUGAGAUCACAUCAUUAUCUAUAAAUUGAGUCUUAUAACUCCUCCAAACUCCCACCAAUACAAAUUUACAAAGACAUACUUGUGGCAAGAAUACAAACUAACCAUGAAAUCUAUAAUCCUAUCAUUUGCACUUCUUUUUGCCUUGUCCACUCAACCCUUGUUCGGAGAAGCUGAUGCUUCACCUGAGCAAGUGGUUGACACAGAAGGCAACAAGGUUCGGGCCGGAGUAGACUACUACAUUCGACCGGUCCCCACAACCCCAUGUGACGGCCGUGGGCCUUGUGUUGUUGGUAGUGGUUUUGUUCUCAUAGCGAGAUCACCAAAUGAGACAUGCCCCCUUAAUGUUGUAGUGGUUGAAGGUUUUCGCGGUCAAGGUGUAACCUUUACCCCUGUUAACCCUAAGAAAGGUGUUAUUAGAGUUUCCACUGAUCUCAAUAUUAAGACUUCCCUUAAUACAAUAUGUAAUGAUUCCAAUGUAUGGACGCUUGAUGAUUUUGAUUCUUCAACUGGACAAUAUUUUGUGACUACCGGUGGGGUUGCCGGAAAUCCUGGCAAGGACACCAUCAGCAACUGGUUCAAGAUUGAGAAGUAUGAAGAUGACUAUAAGCUUGUGUUUUGCCCUACAGUAUGCAAUUUUUGCAAGGUCAUAUGCAGGAAUGUUGGGGUCUUUAGGGAUAGUAAUGGGAACCAGCGUGUGGCUCUAACUGAAGUGCCAUACAAAGUUAGGUUCCAGCCAUCUGCUUGAAGCAUUCUCAAUAUAUGAACUACUUGUGUAAUAUAUAUUUUUCACUUUUACAUGUUAAGUUUGAUUGACAUGAAAUUAAUAUAAUAAAAUAAAAUUAUGAAUAGCAUCAUGAAGGAAUAAAAUUAAUCAA